GCCCUUUUGAUGAACUGACACAAGACAAACAAAAGCAUCAACGUGGAGGAAAAACAGACUAAAAACGGCAAAUACAAGAAAAAAGAAAAUCUGAUAUGGAGACACAGAUGAGGCAGCGUGUGUUCACCGGGGUGGUCACACAGAUGCAGGAGCAUCAUGGGAUUGUGGAUCAGGAGGUUCAUUUCCCAGUGAGCGUUGUGGUGGGUCGUGUGCCUCUGGUGGGUGAAAAAGUGUUGGUGAAAGCAGUCCAGGACCCCCUGAAGCCCAUCAGCUGGACGGCACAGAAAGUUCAGACGCUGAACGGACAGCCCUUCAAAUCUCCUCCUCCGCUGCUGCCCUCCAUGUCAUCCAAUCUGAAGCCUGGCAUUUUAGGGACCAAACCGCAGCCUCUACUGAAAUCUCCCAAAAUACCACCGCUGAUUCCCAGCAUGCAGCCAAAUCCUGGUGGUAUGAUGCAGAUGUCCCAUCACCAGCAGAUGUCCUGGAACGGUCCAUUUGACGGCUGGGGUGGAGGACGGAAGAGACACUCUGAGGUCAUGGGAGGACGUAGAGGUGGACGCUGGGAGGACGGCGGCGGCGGGCCGUGGGGAGGAGACGCCAUGCACCAAAAACGAAAAAGAUGGAGGGCUGCCACAGAAGAGGAAGCGCCCAAAAAGAGCAGCCCCAUAACCACACACAGCGCUCCCUUAUUCUCCUGUUUCUCCAGGGACACCCAGGCCUGUGAUUAUCUGGAGCUUCAGCGGCGGUACCCACACCUGCACCUGCCCUCCAACCUCUUCCACCUCCAGCUGUGCUGGACCGAAAGCUUCCCGCUCGACCAGCCUCUUACGCUGAGAGGACCGUGCCACUUUCAUGUGGGAGCAAACCAGCCGGAGAGUGAAGCAGACGUUUGCGAGUCCACAGAUGAUGCUUUCGCCGUUAGAGUCCUGUUGUUUUCUAUGCCGUGCCUUGAGGACUUGUACUCACAGUGUUGUAACCUCUCAAAGGACGGUCAGACGCAGAAGGAGGCCGUACAUCCUACUACACUUCUCAAAUUUGUGAUGGUGGAUAAUGGAGGUGAACUGCGGCUUCCAGGUGGUCACUGGUCACCCAAAGCGGACGGAGCAAAUCCAGUGAAGGACGGUUCGACGCUGGUCAAUACUGCGGUUCGCUGCAUAAAGGAUCAAACCGGUCUGGACCUCUCAGCCUGCACACAGUGGCACAAGAUGGCGGAGCUGAGAUAUCUUUCUGGAGAUAAAAUGGAGACAGUUGUGAUCUUAAUGCCAGAUGUGUGGAAUCUAGUGCCAGCAGAAGACGACUGGGCAAAAUUACGACAAAAACAGCUGGAUGGUGAUUUGUCGCUCCCAGAAGCUCCGUCCGUGGUUUUUCACCCCUCCGCUGGAGUGAAUCUGUCUGUCGUGUCUCUGUUGUCACUGCUGGAGCCCCAGACGCCUCAGACGCGGGACAGCUGUGAGGUGAGUUUGAUGGUGGAGAUGUUCAGCGAGAUGCUCCAGAGGGAUUUUGGGCUUCAGCUGUAUCAGUGUCUGUCCCGUCUGCCACAGGGCCUCAGUGUCCCACCGACUGGCGUCAAAGAGGAGAACAGUGCUCCCAUGGAGGAUGAGCCCAAAAAAUCAGACAAACAGACGGCAAAAAAGAAAGGACUGAUCGAUGCAAAGAAAAGAAAGCUUAAAGAGAAAGAUGAGGAGAGAGAGACAGAGGACGAGACUGAAGCAGCUGAAAAACAAUCUGAGCAUCUAAAAGAGAGUAAAACUCACAGCGCCGGAGGAGACGGGCAGAGCAACAGCGCCUCAGACAAUCAGCCGUCCAAAGACAGCGAACGUCCUCUGGGCUGGACGGCUGAACUUCCCCAUAAAGUGCUCCUGUCCUGGGUGUUCUUUGAUCGUCAGCUGACAGGAAGUCUUCGAGAGGCAGACCUGAUCAACAUCCUGCUGUCUCUCGGCCUGUUUCUCAGUCCUGCUCAGGUGCAGGAUCUAGUCAGAAAGACUGCAGUCGGUGGGCUUUGCCUCUACAGAAAUCUGUGCAGUCGCUGGUCAGACGCAGAUCAGACAGAUGCCAGCGUCAGCACUGAGGGAAAUAAAGCCAUGUUGGCCGGUCAGCCAUGCAAAGAGAGAGCGUCCGCCCGUCGCACCAGUAACACAGAUCUGAUAAACUACAAAGGGAACGUCAUUAACCUACCAAACCUACUGCAGACGCUGGAGAGUAGCAAAGCAACCCAACGUGAACUGGAGAAGUGUGUCGCCACACUGCAAUCCAGACUUGAGGCAGCAGAAGCGAGGCAGGCGUCUAAUGAACAGGAGCAGGGCCAACAGAAAGAGCUGAAGAGGAAACUGGAAAAAGCCGAAACACUUAAUAAAACAUAUGAGAAGAGUUUGAGAGAAAACAGCAGUCAGAUGACCUCUGUUAUUGAAAAGAUGCAAAAGAUGGUUGAACAGACGACAGCCCUCACUAAUGCAAACGCAGGAAAGGAUGAGAAGGCGUAAGACACACAGAAGCUCAUCAGCUUACGAUGCAAUAGCAUUCGGACCGAGGAGAAAUGAAAAAAAUAAUUAAAACUUUAGCCUUUGUUUGUUAGCUUUACAAAAUAGGUUAUUUAUUGUUUUGUUUGCGUGAGUAAGUAUGUGUUUUCAUGCACAUAGGUAUGAAAGAACUGCAUUCGUCGACAUUUGUAAAUGUUUUUAUUAAUAAAAACGUUUGGCUGCCUCAUUUUAGAAUGUAUACGCAGUCAUAUGAAACUGUGUAACGUGCUCGAUAUGGAAAGGAAACGUUGUGCUUUAUUUAUUUAGUGUUAUUUAAUUUUAUUUGGUUCUUAAAUUCUGGCAGCUAUGAAAAGUAUGAUCCUUCCACACAAGUGACAAUCUCAUAAACGGAGAUAGAGAUGCGCAAACGUGUUCCUAGCCCUGUAUAUGAUGAAACUGUAAAAUGAAAAUUCUUUUUUACAUGUGAACUUGAAACUGUGUUUUAAAUGACAGAUGUCUGGUCAAGUUUUAAAGGUUGAAAACAAGCAUGGAGCAAAUUGGAUUUUAUUGUAUUCCAGUUUUGUUCUUGUGAACUGAAUCAUUACCAUAAAUAUUCAUAUAGUGUUCAGUCUAGACUAAAAUAUGAAGUUCAAUUUUAGAAAUACUGUCUGAAUUCUCCCUUGCAAUUAAGAGUUCAGCUCAGUUUGUUAAAAUACCUUGAUGAAUGCAUUUUAAUCUAAAGUCUUAAUUUGAGGAAGGUCUAAAAAAGUAAGAUAUCGACUUAUGUUGGAUGUAAUUGGCAAAAAUGUUUUUUUCUCCUUUUUCUCAGGGACCAUUUCUAUUUUCUAAUAACCUGUUUCUGAACAGUUGCAUGUUUAACUGUCUUCCAACAAAAAUAUAUAAAAAUUAAGUUGAAAACAUAUCCCAUGUAAUAUAGGUUUUUUCUUUUUUUAAACUCACAAAAAAUUGUUAAUUGAUUUGGCCAGUAAGAAAUGUAUGAAAAUGUAUUUGUGGUUCAUUUUUGAGGAGCAGUCCCAACAGAAAUAAA